AUGGAUCGCUCAGACGAGUUCCUGUGCUUAUGCAGGAAGCGCGACAAAGGCGUGUCCCUCACGCGCAGGGAAAUAAAGUGUAAGGACGAGUUUCUUAUCCAGAGCAGCAAAAUAUACACAAACCUGCUAGCCAACUGUGACUACAUAGAUAACAACACGCUGAAGCAGUACAGCCUCACAGUCCCUCGAAGCAUACACGUGAAGGAGAAAAAGACGAGGGUCAAAAGUAAAGGCAAUUUACUCUACGCUGUCAACAAAAUAUCGGAAGACAUUAACCUUUUAAAACCGAAAACAGAGACGGAAAUACAGAAGCACGUGCUGUGUUGCCUAAAUAGCCUCCUCGGUAUUUUCAUUGACAUUAUUAAUAAGUAUGAACACAACUUAAGUAGCUACCACUUGAAGUUGAAUCGGUACACGAACUUUUGCUUCUACGACGUGAAGGGCAUCAAGUGCAACUUUGAUUACCUGAACAGAUUGAACCGUUACAUAUACGGCACCAAUUCGUGUGACAGCCAUUUUAGAAAACCUGACACGCUUUUGGGCCCACCGCAUGGAGGAGGCACCUCCCACCAAGAGGCGCACACAAAUUAUCACCGCUUCGGUACCUCCAUCAAGAGCAACAACACUGGGGAGUACCAAAAUGGAGAAAAUAAACUUGGUCACCACGAAGAAAGGGAGAAAUGUGAAAAUUACCUUUUGGACGAAGGGGAAAAGCAGCAAAUCAUUGGGAAGGAGGGCCUCGUGAAAAACGCAACUGUGAGAAAGCGAAGGGAAAAGAGAGUCAAAUUCGAUACGUACAACUAUAUUGAAGAGGAAGAGGCGGAAAGGGGAAAGGGGGAAUUCCUCCCCCCCCAGAGCAGUAGUCAUAAUUACACCCUAAGCACCAACCAACAGUUGGAGUUCAAAAAGUACGUGGACCUCUUCGAAAAGGAAGAAAACACCUACAUCAUGGAAACGAAAAGCAAAAUAGCCAAAAUAAGCAAAUUAAUGAACAUAUUUGUUACAAAGAUAUAUGAACAAAAUGAGAACCUGAGCAUGAUAGAGCACGUGAUGGAGGAGAGCAUAGAGAACGUGGCCCAAGGGAAUACCUACCUCAGUAAAAUUCAAAACAAGAAAAGCAUGAACUCGCUCAUCUUCUUCGUCCUGGUCUGCACCUCCCUGUUUUUGCUCAUCUUCGAUUUGUUCCGAUAG